AAAAAGUUCCUGAAGGAGUACCAGAAAUUGUGGCUUCUGAUUCUUCGAAGAUCGAAAUAGAUUUUUUUCUUCAAAAUAUCGAUGCCAUAAGGCUGCUUCUCAAGCAAGAAAACUACAAAAAAUGCAAAGAUUUUUAUGAAACAGUAAUGGUAAACGAAGAUGCUAGUGAAUUUCCCCUUCCGCUUCUACCUAAGCAGCCGAUUGAGACCACAAUUCCAAAAGGUGCUGGCUUAGUACCAGAAGUAAGAGAACUUCUGGAAAAAGAAAAUCGUCUGCCAUUCGUGCAGCUAAAAAGUCGCCAUGCAGCAGAAGAAGGUUUGGGACCAAGGAUAUCUAAGAAACAAAAAGUUGAUACAAAUGCAGGAAGACACGACCAGGGCAAGAAAAAGACAUCUCAUUCAAGGCGACGACAUUCAGAUGUGACUGUUCAAAAGACAAUCGUAGUGCUGGUGCAUGAUGGCAGCAAAAAGCACAUUUGGUUUAAAAUUUGGAUGGAUAUGUUCAACUGUUUUGUUAAUAUUAUUGCUUUUGUAUUGUAUGUUUUUUUGUCUGCUUGAAGGGUUUUUAGAACUGCUAUUGAUGUUUUUGAAAUCGCUGUUAAGAUUGUUCUUAGAAGAACACAUGGGGUUGACAUAACCACGGGUUCUUUUGGUGUACUGAAGAUUUUAUUUUUGUUGGACAUAGUCUUGUUUAAUAAGACAUUUUUUUAUGAAAGUUUUUGGAAACUGAUAAUUUUUUAUGUACAAUAAAAAAAAACUCUUGGGUGUGUUAUGAUAUAUGGUUAUAGAAUAUUUUACUUUAAAACAAAAUCACAUGUGAUCUAAGCAUAUGUAUAUAUUGGUGUACUUAUAACAAUAACUAUUUUUAUGCCCCCAGGUAGGGUGGCAUAAAGCAGUUGCAUUGUCUGUCCUUCUUUCCAUCUGUCUCUCUAUCAUAUUGUUUUCAAGAGGAAUUUUUAGGCAGCACUUUAAGAUAUUAAGUUGAUUUGGUGAGUCCACCAGAAUGAUCUUCGGAUGAACUGUACAAUUGUUCCAAACUGAUGAUUUUUAGGAAGAUACUGGCCUGUGACUUAUAUUAAGGGAUGUAAUACGCUUUAAAGGGUGAUAAUUUUUAUAUGUCAUUUGACAGGUACAGGUUAUAUUUUACAAGGAAAGUUAUCUUUCCAUUUUCUGGAUGUUUCUAUGAAAAUUCAAUGAUAUUGCUUUUAAGGCAACGUAUUGGGUCUUGGAUUUAGAAAUGUGUUUUUUUACGCAAAGCUUUCAUGUAUUGUGCUGAUUAUUGGUAUGGGAGUCUACCCAUAUGACUUACAUAUGAAGUGUGAAUUGCGUUCCUGUUCAUUUAUUUUUGGAAAUGUUAUGGACCUAAAAAGUACCUGUAUUAUGACCUUUUUAUACGCUCAUUUUUAAAAAAAUGGGAUGUAUUAAAGUUUCCCCUUGGCGGCGGGCAGUGUCCACAGCAGUUUCCACUCUCUAAUUCAAAUAGUUUUUAUCCGAUCUUCACCAAACUUGGUCAGAAGUUGUUUCUAGACAAUAUGUAGGUCAAGUUCGAAUAUGGGUCAUGCUGGGUCAAAAACAAGGUCACAGGGUCACUUAGUGCAUUUCAAGCAUUGCGCAUGGUGUCCGUUCUCUAAUUGAAGUAGUUUUCAUCCGAUCUUCACCAAACUUAGUCAGAAGUUGUUUCUAGACAAUAUUUAGGUCAAGUUCAAAUAUGGGUCAUGCCGGUUUAAAAACUAGGUCACAGGGUCACUUAAACCAUUUCAAACAUUUAGGAUGGUUUCCGCUUUCUAAUUAAAGUAGUUUUCAUCCGAUCUUCACCAAAUUUAAUUAGAAGUUGUGUCUAGACAAUAUCUACAUGUAGGUCAAGUUCAAAUAUGGGUCAUGCUAGGUUAAAAACUAGGUCACAAGGUCACUUAGUGCAUUUCAAGCAUUGCGCAUGGUGUCCACUCUCUAAUUGAAGUAGUUUUCAUCAGAUCUUCACCAACUUUGGUCAGAAGUUGUGUCUAGAUAAUAUGUAGGUCAAGUUCAAAUAUGGGUCAUGGUAAAGUUAUCAAGUUGUCCAAAGCCUUAAAAUAGGCGUAUCUUGUGACAGUUUUGAACUCUUGUUCCGGAGUUAAUUUACGCAAAGUUUCAGAUAUUGAGAUGGUUAUUAGCAUUUGAGUCUACCUACAUGACUUGCAGUUGAAGUGUGGGCUUUGUUUAGGUCCAUUAAAAGUUUGGCUUACUUAUGGGAUUCGAUUUCUCUAAAUAGCAGCAGUAGGACUUCACAGCCCAAUAGGGGCAUUGUGUUUCACUAAUACAGCUCUUGUUAUUGAUAAUUAUUAUCUUUUUGGCUUUGUCAGGUUGUGAACAUGCAUGAUUCUUGUCAAAUUAUAUUCUUGAAGAACAAGACUCUUUGUAAAAUAGAGUUGGUUGUAUACAUUUGUAGAACUGGCGUUCUUUCCCCCCAUCAUAUUAUUCAAAGCCUUUACUGAAAGCUACACUAUGUACAAGUGAGUUUUUCCAUUUCAAUGUUCAUGUGUGUUCUUUAAUUUAAAUGCCUAAUAUGGAUUUGAAAUGAUAAAAAUAAACGGCUCUUUACUACUUUUACUAAAAAGCUGUAGUAUUGCAUUCAUUGUGUACAUAUUAUUAAUCUUCGUAAUUUUAAAUGGUACAUAUCACAGUUGAUUCUAAAUAUUUUGUUUUGGAUUUAGAUUCGCAAGUUGUGAUCAUAUGUUUGUGUUAAGUGAAUUCAACAUAAAAUAUCGUCCUAAUUGGAAACGAAAUGAUUGUUAUUAAUCAUGGUUAAAUCAUUAUAUUAAUCCUUUCGCAUUGUUUGAAAUAUGUUACAUUUAGUACAAACUCAUUUGUAUACAUUAUUAAUUUAUAAUGAGUUAUUUUGUACUAACCACAUUCGUAUUUAUUUAAGUACUGGUAUCAUAGGUAUUAAUUGUCCCCUACCGGUUUCACCGGAGGGGACUUAUGGUUUGCGCUCUGUGUGUCUGUCUGUCUGUCUGUCUGUCUGUCUGUCUGUCUGUGAGUCUGUCAGUCACACUUCUGGAUCCUGCGAUAACUUUAAAAGUUCUUAAUAUUUUUUUCAUGAAACUUGAAACAUGGAUAGACGGCAAUAUGGGCAUUAUGCACGUCAUUUCAUUUUGUUCCUACGUCAAAAAUUGUGGUUGCUAUGGCAACCAAAAAAAAAUAUUCUGAAAAUGGUGGAAUUUCUGACAAAUUUUGGAGCAGGUAGGGGACCAUAAUGCUUGACAAUAGCCUUGUUUUGUAUAUAUUACUACUACUGCGAGGUUUAUCAUUUUCUAGUUUUGCAGAUCAAGAUUUUAUUUAGCUGUACAGAAAUAUUUGUUUUGAAAUGUUAAUACUUUGAUCAUCCUGUGACCAACUGAUAUUGUUUCAUGUUGAUAUUAACAUUUUUAGCUCAUCUAAUUUUUGAAAAAAAAAAAAGAGCUAUAAAUGUCAUCACCUUGGCUUCGGCGUCAGCGUCGGCG